UUUUCAUUGAAACGUCAAGCGGAAUUGAUGGGCUCGCCGUGUGCCGUGACCAAUAGUCGUGGGGCGUUUGUAUCGCUGGCUCGCGUCAGUCGAACGUCCGGAGUCACUGUAGCCACACGCUUGUUUACCUCGGACACGGCACGUCACGCGGUACCCACGUGGACAACGCUGUCAACAAAAUAAACGUAAAAAACCGCGACUCUAUCUUAAACCUUUUUGACAUUUGACAAUUAAUCGGCGCGAAUUUUCGUGUGUUUAGUAACUUUAGUUGAGAAACAUAAAGUGUUAUUAAAUAGUUUCGAAUGUUUAUUGUUUUAAAUGAACAUGAUGUGCGUUAUUUGGUACGUGGUUAUCGGGCUCCUGACUCUCCCGGGCCCUUCCUGCAGCAACUCCGAUAAUUUAGCUCUUCUUCUUGAUACUCUCAAGGUGAUACAACGAACUGUUUGCAAUGACGAGACUGUAUCUUUGGCGUGUCCCAGAGGCACAACUAUCAGCAUUCAAGUGGCUCAGUAUGGGAAGGCAGGGGAAGAGAGUGGGUGCCCAGCGCUGCGCAACCAAGAAACAGAAGAAAGUCGACGCUGUAAACGACCGAAUGCUAUGCAGUACUCUCUUCUCCAAACUGUGGUGGAAGCUUGCCAGAAGAAGCCCCAAUGCAAGUUCAGUACGCUGCCGAUGCCGGGCCUGGUCGACCCCUGUCCGAUGCAGAGUAAAUACGUCGAGGUUGCCUAUAAAUGCCGCCCCUAUGAGUUUCGUAGUCGCAUCGGGUGUGAGGGAGAGCUGAUCAAGCUAAGCUGCAACCCGCACUCCAGGAUAGCAAUCUUCGAUGCCCAGUACGGCAGGACAGCCUUCGAAGCCGUCACAUGUCCGCAAACACAAGGAGUCAAGGAUGAAAGGCUGUCUUUGUUCCCAGCCUGCGUGACGCCCCAUGCUGUGAAGACGGCUAUCCAACUGUGCCUCGGCAGGCGACGCUGUCAAAUAUCCGCCAACAGCAAGACCUUCAAUUCUUCAUGCAGCUUCCAGUCCAGACCGUAUCUGAAGGUUGUUUAUGCCUGUGUGCCAUUAGGUGUUCUCUCAGAGAAAUAUGAGAGUGCAGCUGAAAGAGAUGAAAUUUCCACUAAUUUUGAUCACAACAAAGGAUUUUUUGAUGAAUCAGAAGAAGCUGGUGAAAAAUGGCCUGAACCCAACGCUGAUCAUGCUCUUCUUCCGCCAUUAGUCGAAGAUACCACGCCAGCAGAAAGUGAGAUAACGACACCAAAUAAAAAAGUGGACAAAACGGAGGCCAAUCCAGAAAUACUGCAAGGGACCUCUCUGCUGCUGUUAUCGAUCAGUGUAGGGUUGCUGAUAUGCAUCGUCCUAAGCGCAGUUGUUAUUACCAUAAGGUGUUACAUUCGUAGGAGAAAUGACAACUCCAAGAACGGAGACAUGUACACGACUGAAGCUCCAAAUGUCUUCAGCGACGCAUUUUCUGACAUAGAUAACGAUGCAGAUAUCAGCCAUAUAUCGGGAACAUUCCACGACCCUAUGCAUCCAGAUAUGAUCCUAUACAAAAACAUCCCCGGAAGUAGGGGAACUCUGAGAGCUAUGAAGCCCUUAUGUACAAUUUAUCCUUCAUCCGUAGAAGCAAAUAUGUACGGGAACGUAGAUUAUGUGCCGUCGGCGCCUAGGUUUACGAGGAGUAGAAGUAACGAAGAAGAUGUAGAGCCACAUGUUAUGACAAGUCCAAGGAGUUUAGGAGCUCAUUCCAGUAAUUAUUACUAUGGCUGACGCCAAAUGGACGGAGGGAACAACGACACCUCCAGGACCUACUGCUUCUAGAGUGAAUUAAAGAAAUUGCUUAUAAAGCAAGAGACUGUGUAAAAAGAAAUUAGUUAAAUUUAUUUAAGACUAUGGACAGACUAAAGAAUAAGUUCGUUUAUAUGUUAUUGUUACAUUGUAUUAGUUUAAGUAUCUUGAUUGCUCUGUACAUUCUAUUACUCAUCCUUCAAUCUGUCACGCUCAUUAGAGGUGCACCUAUGUAUCCACUUUUGCAUAUCGUCAAUUCAGCACAUUUGUAUUUCAAUUAUUCCUUCAAUCCCAUCUGUGAUGGUUAAUUAUAAUGACCUUUAUAAAA